AGGUUCUGUGAGCACUCAGCCAGGUCUGUUCUGUGAGCGCUCAGCCAGGUUGUUUGGAAUUUGGGCGGGACGAAGAAGGAGCUGACGAGCUCGGACUUCUCGCCCCGCAGCCCUGGAAGACGUUCCAAGGGUGUUAGGGGCCCGACUUUUCGGGGCCCAAUCUGGGACUCUGGUUAGAGGAGGAGGAUCCGGACUUACGGCACCUCUGUCUGUAUUUUUGGCUUUCAGAGGGCCCCGGACUUUUGCCACCUCCAUCUGACUUUUUGCUUUCAGUUUGGUACCAAAGCCGUGCAGCACGCCUGUCUGUUGUUUGUUUGACUGUUGGUGUUGUUUGUUUUCUCUGUGUCCUAAUCUUCCUUAAAACUAACAUGGGACAGUCUCUACCUUUGUGAAAUCAGAGCCUUCUAAGAAACCUGUCCUCCCGGCAGACCUAAACUCCCCUCUCAUAGAUCUUCUCUCUGACAGGCCCGGCUAAAACGGAGGAGGCAGAGCCGCCGGCCAGAUCAGUUGCCAGGCCACAGUCUGAUAAGGGUUUCUCCCCUGUCGCAGGGAGAUUGCGCAAUAAGCGCGAGGUGAUGCCAGAUUCAACCUCCCAGGCUUUCCCACUUAGACAGGGAACCGGUGGCCAGACCCAAUACUGGCCGUUUUCAGCAGCUGACAUUUACAAUUGGAAACAACACAACCCUUCUUUCUCCAAAGAUCUGGUGGCACUCACCGACCUAAUAGAAUCUGUUUUACUUACCCACCAGCCUACUUGGGAUGACUGCCAACAGCUCUUACAGGCCCUCUUAACCUCAGAAGAAAAACAAAGAGUGUUCCUAGAGGCCAGAAAACAUGUUCUGGGAGAUGAUGGGCGUCCCACCCAGCUGCCUGAGGAAAUUGAUGCUGCAUUCCCACUUAAGAGACCAAACUGGGAUUUUAAUACAGCUGAAGGUAAGGGACACCUACGCCUUUAUCGCCAGUUGCUUCUAGCGGGUCUCCGAGGGGCUAUACGACGCCCUACUAAUUUGGCUCAGGUAAAACAGGUAUUACAGGAAGCAGGGGAAACUCCCUCCGCCUUUCUAGAGAGACUUAAGGAGGCCUACCGUAUGUACACUCCCUAUGACCCAGAUGACCCAGGACAAAUGACGAGUGUCUCUAUGUCCUUCAUCUGGCAGGCUGCUCCAGAUAUCAGGACUAAGUUACAGAGGUUAGAAAAUUUGCAGGGCUAUACAUUACAGGAUUUACUUAAAGAAGCUAAAAAGAUUUUUAAUAAGAGAGAGAUAAAAAAGAAACAAAGAAUUGAGUCGAAUCUUGGCCGCCGUAGUUCAGGGCCAAGAAAGGAAGGGAGAUAGGGGGGGAGCUCGAAAGGGGCUGAAGCUGGAUAAAGAUCAAUGUGCCUAUUACAAAGAGAAAGGGCACUGGGCCAGAGAGUGCCCCAAGAAGCCUGGCGGACCCCGAAAGCCUCGACCACGAACCUCCCUCUUGGCUCUAGAUAAAGAUUAGGGAGGUCAGGGCCAGGAGCCCCCCCCCUGAGCCCAGGGUAACGCUUAAAGUUGGGGGGCAGCCGGUUACUUUCCUGAUAGACACAGGAGCCCAGCAUUCAGUCCUCACCCAAGCUUCAGGACAACUCAGCGACCGGACGGCCUGGUUACAAAGAGCUACUGGUGAGAAACAAUACCGAUGGACUACGGACCGCCGGGUUCAGCUGGCUACCGGUAAGGUGACCCAUUCCUUCUUACAUGUUCCGGACUGCCCGUACCCUCUGCUGGGCCGUGACCUGCUCACCAAACUAAAAGCACAAAUUCAUUUUGAGGAAGGAGGGGCCCGAAUAACUGGCCCCCAUGGAACUCCCCUUCAAGUUCUAACCCUACAAUUAGAGGAUAAAUAUAGACUAUAUGAACCGGGACAGGACAAGCCACAAUCCCUAGAAAUAGACACUUGGGUCACGAAUUUUCCACUGGCUUGGGCAGAGACUGGUGGGAUGGGGUUGGCGCUCCAACAGCCCCCCUUAAUUAUACAGUUAAAGGCCACUACAACUCCAGUCUCCAUAAAACAAUACCCCCUGUCACAUGAAGCUUAUCAAGGUAUAAGGCCUCACAUUACGAGGCUUCUAGAUCAAGGCAUCCUAAUCCCCUGCCGGUCGCCUUGGAAUACGCCUCUUCUGCCUAUUAAGAAACCCGGCACUGGAGAUUAUAGGCCAGUACAAGACUUGAGAAAGGUCAACAAGAGGAUAGAAGAUAUUCAUCCGACUGUUCCAAACCCUUACAAUUUGCUCAGUAACUGUUCAUCAAUGAGAAACAGGGGUAUGCUAAAGGGGUCCUAACACAAAGGUUGGGACCCUAGAAACGCCCUGUGGCCUACCUGUCUAAGAAAUUGGACCCUGUGGCCUCCGGCUGGCCACCGUGCCUAAGGAUGGUGGCUGCUAUUGCUGUCCUGAUCAAGGACGCUGGAAAAUUGACCCUGGGACAGCCACUCACCAUCCUAGCACCCCACGCAGUGGAGGCCUUGGUAAAGCAGCCCCCAGACCGCUGGCUCUCUAAUUCUCGCAUGACCCACUACCAAGCCUUGUUACUGGAUGCAGAACGGGUUCAGUUUGGGCCCGUAGUCGCCCUCAAUCCUGCCACCUUGCUUCCUCUACCAGAGGAGGCAGAACAGCAUGACUGCCUACAAAUCCUUGCAGAAGUACAUGGAACCAGGCCGGACCUAUCGGACCAGCCUCUUCAGAAUGCUGACCACACAUGGUACACGGAUGACAACAGCUUCUUGGCAGAGGGAGAGCGAAAGGCUAGAGCUGCGGUCACUACGGAGGACAAAGUGAUUUGGGCGAAAGCCCUGCCUGCUGGUACCUCCGCACAACGGGCUGAACUCAUCGCCUUGACUCAGGCGCUCAAGAUGACAAAAGUUUUUGUAGACACCUUCUCAGGAUGGGUCGAAGCCUUCCCCACAAAACACGAGACUACAAAAAUGGUCACCAAGAAGCUCCUCGAGGAAAUCUUUCCCAGGUAUGGCAUGCCUCAAGCGUUGGGGUCGGACAACGGGCCCGCUUUCGUCUCCCAAGUAAGUCAGUUGGUGGCCAAAUUGCUGGGGAUUGAUUGGAAAUUACAUUGUGCCUAUAGACCCCAGAGUUCAGGUCAGGUAGAACACAUAAAUAGAACAAUUAAGGAGACUUUAUCCAAACUUACGCUUGCAACUGGCUCAAAGGAUUGGGUGGCCCUCCUUCCCCUAGUUCUAUAUCAGGCCCGGAAUACCCCGGGCCCCCAUGGUCUAACUCCUUUUGAAAUAAUGUAUGGAGCACCACCCCCAUUUGUCCAUUUCUUUGAUUCAAACAUUGCUGAUUUUGCUGACAGCCCUUCUCUGAGGGCCCACUUACAGGCCCUACAGAUUGUACAGAGAGACGUCUGGAGACCUUUGGCCGCUGCUUACCAGGACAAGCUUGAGCAUCCGGUGGUGCCACACCCGUUCCAGAUUGGAGACACCGUGUGGGUGCGCAGACACCAGACCAAGAAUCUCGAGCCACGGUGGAAAGGACCCUACACCGUCCUCCUGACUACCCCGACCGCCCUAAAGGUAGACGGAGUCUCGGCUUAGAUCCACGCACCACACGUCAAGGCAGUCCGGUCUGAGGAAUUGACUAAUCACAACACUACACCCCAGACAUGGAGAGUUCAGCGCACUCCAAACCCCUUAAAGUUAAAACUCCUACGUGGCUCCUCCUAGCCCUUUUGUGGCCUAGAGUCAGUGGGGAAAUAAGCCCCCACCAGACAGAAAUUUCUUGACCAAGUCGAGUGAAAGAUUUCACUCAAAGUUAGCAAAAAAAAAAUGGGGGAAUGAAAGACCCCAGCUUAGCAGCAGUAACGCCAUUUUGCAAGGCUGUACUUAAGAUGACUGGUUCAGGGAAAGGUUAGAACACUGAGUACACAGCGGCUGCCAAGCAAGAUAUGUUUGGUUGAAGGCCUGGCAACAGGACGACUGCGGUUGAGCACCUGACAAUGAGAAAAGCCCCGGGAGAGGUCCCACACCCUGGUGGGGGGCCGAGUCAGUCGUUAUGUUCCAGGAAGGUAGCUAGGAAACUUGCCCCCGGGCUGAACCCUUGGGGGACCGAGUCAGCCGUUAUGUUUCAGGAAGGUAGCUAGGAAACUUGCCCCCCGGGCUGAACCCUUGCCACAUUAGAAUCCACCAAUUAUAUCCCUGUAACCAUACAUCUGCUUCUGUAUGCUUGCUUCUGCUCCCCAGAAUCCUAUAAAAAGCCCAUCCUUGGUUCCGUGGGGCGCGCCAGUCCCCCGAGUGACUGAAGCACCCGCAGGUGCCUGUGCCUGUGUAUCCCGACAAUAAACCAAAUCCUCUUGCUGAUUG